CUGGCUCAAAGGAAUAGGGACAUAGCCAUACUUUUCCUUGAAGAAUUCAGGAACUAUAAAUACUAUAUAUACUAGUAUGCGCACCAAAUUUUGAAAAGGGUAUUGCAUCAUAUGCACGUGCUACAUGUGUCACGAGGUACUUUAAAGACUUUAUCCACGAUAAAUUUCCCAGAGAAGGCUGUCUUGAUGGCUUACCACUGUUUGAGUCCCUUGAUACAAGAUACGGUACAUUGCGGAUAGGCCAAGUGACAGCCUAUAAUGCCAGGAUACUCUGUCAAGUUACAAGGAGGCAGAGCUGAUCCUAAAUACCUGUGUACCAGCUGCGGGUUGUUACUCCGUGAACCCAAACAAACACCAUGUGGACACCGGUACUGUCAGUCAUGUGUGGAGGAACUCACAAGGAGCUGGGGAGGAAAAUGCAAAGCACGGAGCUGUGGCGAGGUGGUUCAAACACAGGACGUGUACCCCGACAAAGCCAUAGAACGGGAGAUUCUGAUCCUUGCGAUAUUCUGCAGCAAUGUCGAUGAUGGUUGUAAAUGGGAAGGCGUUGUUCGUCAUCUCAUGGAACACUUGGCGGAAUGUGACUAUGAAAAGAUCACGUGUAUCAAUGCUGGCCAAGGCUGUGUGGCGACUAUCUGCAGGAAGAAUCUGGCGAACCAUCUACAGUCUGACUGUGACUACCGACCUGUGACGUGUCAGUGGUGUGAAGAGACCACGCCUCAUAAAGACAUGAAGGCGCACAAGCGGACCUGCCCCUCAGCCCCAGUACAGUGUGACUGGUGCAGUAAGAAAGGUCUGACUCGGGCUCAACUACAGGAGCAUCAACAUCCAGAGACAGGGAACUGUCCUAACAUGAAGAUAGCGUGCAGCUUUGAACUGCUGGGGUGCAAGGAAAGGAUGGAGAAAAGGCAGUUAACAGAGCACUUGAAGAAGACGGUUCAGCCUCAUCUGAGCUUGACCAACACAUACGUUGUCUGCUUAGCUACCAAUUUCGAGCAACACCGACAAAAAGAAGAAGAAGCACGCGAAAAUAUGAGAAUCCUGAUUCUUCAACUGGAAAAGGGCAUCAAAGAUGUCGAUGCCAAAAUUGUUGAGAUCGAAGGCAAGCUGUCAAGCGAGCAACCACAAGGAGCUGCUUCAUCUGGUGGCAACAAGACUCUAGAAAACCGGAUUGAGCAGGAACGCACUAAGGUGGAAGAGCUUAGGAGGAAAAUCGCUGCAUGGGAGACAAGAGUCGGCACGUUCGAAGGGAUCGUCGCCGUCCUGAACCGUGAGAUCGAGAAGUGCAGCUCACAGAUGGAGGCGUACGAACGACAACGUCGGCAGGACAGGGAGAUCAUCGAGACCCUGGAGAGGAAGGUCAGGUCUCUGGAGAGGAUCAUCGCUCUGAAGGACGUCGCCCUCGCCGAACAAGACCUCCGGAUCCAGACCCUCGAACUGACCAGCUAUGACGGCAUCCUGACUUGGAAGAUUCCGGAUUUUACACGCAAGCGCCACGACGCCAUCACGGGGAAGACAGCGAGUUUCUACUCGCCAUGUUUCUUCACCAGCCGUACAGGGUACAAGAUGUGCGCCCGGAUCUACCUGAACGGAGACGGGAUGGGGAAGGGCACUCAUGUCAGCCUGUUCUUCGUCCUGAUGAGGGGGCACUACGAUGGACUACUGCGCUGGCCGUUUAGACAAAAGGUAUCUUUUAUGUUGGUGGACCAGAAUAACCGAGAAAAUGUGACGGACGCGUUCCGCCCUGACCCGACCAGCUCGUCCUUCCAGCGGCCCACCAGUGACAUGAACAUCGCCAGUGGAUGUCCGCUCUUCGUGCCGCUCAGUCAGCUGGAGAGCAGCAGCCAUGGGUACGUCAGGGACGAUACCAUGUUCAUCAGGGUCAUCGUGGAUACAUCAGAUCUUUAACUAAACAAACAUACUAAGGUUAGUAUUUUAAGCUGUUCAUACCGUUUUUCGUAGGGAAUUAGAUACAUUAUGCCGUACAAACAUUACAGGAUGAAAGACAAUCUGAUACAGGAAUACUUUCAAUACUGAGGAAGAGGAAUCCCACAUAAUCAUAAGUACUAAAAUGUACAGUUUCCUACGAAAAACGUCUUGAACAGUUUUAAGUACUUUCCAUGAAAGGUUACACCUGUGUUUCCAAGAAACGUUCAGUAUGUUAUAUUUAGAACAAAAGAAGGGAUGGAGGACAAAAAUAAAUGCUGGAAAAAAUAAAUGCUAGGUCUGACAAAGUGUAUUAGAAAAUAUCAUAGUGCAUGGAUUUUUUUCUGACUUACAGUUUAUUAAAUGUUGUCAUUUAGUAAAUGUCAAUAUCGAGACUUUAAAAUUCCGGAUACUAAUAGAGAACCUUCACAUAAGAAACAGUAGUACGUGGAAUGUCAUCAGACAGUGACUGCAUCUAUAAACAAUCAUCAAGUAACACUAACUAGUAAGGUUUAUCCCAUAGGGGUGUGUACGUGUUGUAUCUAUGUGCAGCUUCUUUAUUAUACGUAUCACCAUGAUACAGAUAAUCAGCGCAAGGAAUGUUACAGAAAUCACAAAUCGUACUGCAGCGCUAGCUUGAUAGCUCACCAGCAUGGCAUUCAUCACUUUAAAAAUACAUUAACUACUUGUAUGAUUUUACAGUUGAUACAGUUUGCAAAUGUUUGUAAAAACUCACUGUGUAGUUUUCUCCCUCACAGAAAACAGACCUAUCAUAGCCUAUGUGUCAAUACAGUAAUGUAGGUUAUGGAAAUGUUACUAACGUAGAAUAUAAGCAUAAAUGUAUACAGGAUUGAAGUGAUACUUUACAUUUACUAAAAGGUACUUGUGUAUACGCAUCAAUGUUACACAUUAAAACACGCCUCAUGAAAUAUACAUGUAGAGCUUUGGUUAU